GCAAAAGUAACGGGCGAAUAUAGCGACCGCAUAGAACCACCAGCACAGGUGCUAACCAUCUUCCGCGGAUCGCCUCCGUUGGCGAUUUUAAACCUUUCUAGCCGAGGCUUAGAAGAAGGAGAAGAGGGCUCAAGAAGAAACCCAGAGGAUUAGAGAAAGAGAUAGAGGGUGGGGUUUCGCCGACCGAUUUGAUCACCGGCGAUGCUGGAGCUGAACAUGGCGAGUCCACCGGCUGGGCCGCCUCCGCCUCCCACGGCGCCGACGCCGCCGGGGAAGGAGCAGCAGGCGGCCGGGGUGGGGAUCCUGCUGCAGAUCUCGAUGCUGGUGCUGGCCUUCGUCCUCGGCCAUGUCCUCCGUCGCCGCAAGAUAUACUACCUCCCGGAGGCCAGCGCCUCCCUUCUCAUCGGUUUAAUUGUUGGAGGUGUUGCUAACAUAUCAAAUACAGAAACAAGCAUUCGGGGAUGGUUCAAUUUCCAUGAGGAAUUCUUUUUCCUAUUCCUGCUACCUCCAAUUAUAUUUCAGUCCGGUUUUAGCUUAGCACCGAAACCCUUCUUUUCAAAUUUUGGAGCUAUCAUCGCAUUUGCUCUUCUGGGAACUUUUAUUGCCUCAAUCGUUACAGGUGUUUUAGUAUACCUUGGCGGGUUAACAUAUCUCAUGUAUAGACUGCCUCUGGGUGAAAGCCUAAUGUUUGGUGCUCUUAUAUCAGCAACUGAUCCUGUCACAGUUCUAUCUAUAUUUCAGGAACUUGGAACUGACAUGAACCUCUAUGCCUUGGUUUUUGGAGAAUCUGUUCUAAAUGAUGCAGUGGCAAUUUCCUUGUAUAGGACCAUGUCAUCUGUAAGAAGUAAUGAUUCAUCGGGACAAAACUUAUUUUUGGUUAUUCUGAGUUUUCUCGAGACAUUUGUUGGCUCAAUGUCUGCAGGGGUUGGAGUUGGAUUCAUUUCUGCUCUUCUCUUUAAGUAUGCAGGGUUGAAUGUUGAAAAUCUUCAUAAUUUGGAGAGCUGUCUCUUUGUCCUUUUCCCUUACUUUUCUUACAUGCUAGCUGAAGGUCUUGGCUUGUCUGGUAUAGUCUCCAUACUGUUCACUGGAAUUCAGGUCAUGAAGCACUAUACAUUCUCAAAUUUAUCAGAAAAAUCUCAACAUUUUGCUGCUGCUUUUUUCCAUCUGCUUUCAUCUUUAGCAGAAGCUUUUGUAUUCAUAUACAUGGGCUUUGACAUUGCGAUGGAACAACAAAGCUGGUCACACAUUGGGUUCAUCUUUUUCUCAAUUCUGUUUAUUGCUGUUGCAAGAGCUGCAAAUGUCUUCUCAUGUGCUUACCUGGUCAACUUGGUGAGACCAGCAAAUCGUCAAAUACCUAUGCAACAUCAGAAGGCACUUUGGUAUAGUGGACUUCGUGGGGCAAUGGCUUUUGCCCUUGCUCUGCAAUCAGUCCAUGAUCUCCCUGAUGGACAUGGCCAGACGAUCUUCACUGCUACCACUGCUAUUGUUGUUUUAACGGUGCUUUUGAUUGGAGGCUCAACAGGCACAAUGCUUGAAGCUUUAAAAGUUGUAGGUGAUGGUCACAAUGGUCGAUUAGGAGAAGAGGGCUUUGAGGGUCCAGAUAUCGGCACCGGACCAUCAUAUGAUGAGGCAACUUCAUCCGGGAGCAAGCUGCAGAUGAAACUCAAAGAGUUUCACAGCACUGCCUCUUUCACUGCAUUAGAUAGACAUUAUCUUACGCCAUUUUUCACAUCUCAAAAUGAUGACGAGAAUCCUGAUGAAGUGACCCAAAAUUCUGGAAGAACGAGAGAACUUAAAAGCCAUGAGUGAAGUCAUGGUCUUCUUCUUGGCAUGCCAAAAGAAGCAGCUUUUACCGUGCUCAACGGCAGCUCUCUAAAGUACACAUUUUCGCGAGUGGAUGCAGAUAUUAAUUAGCUGCACACGCAUUAUCACGUAGAUUGAUGUGAUAGAAAAAGAAAAAUAGCGCAUAACAGCACAAUGUGUUCUCAGCUAGCUUGAUACGUACACAUCUAUUUAUGAUAUAGAAAAGCAAUCGAUAGCAGUACUGUUCACAAAUUUUCAUUUUGGUUUCUAUUCGAAGUGUAAUUCUUUCCACUGUACUGCAUGUCCGGAUUAUGAUCCUUCGCCAUGGUAACUGUAAAAAAAUCAUCGUGGUCUUGAAAUGAA